AUGUCAACAAAAAGCAAUGAAUAUAAUAGAUUAUUGGGUGAAGAUUUCGUAGAUUUACAGUCAGGGGUGGGGAGGAGAUCUGGGCGGGUUGAGGACAACGAGCACCGAAGACAGAGGUUGGGUUUCUUCGUGAGAGAAAGAAUUUGUGCUGAAAUUACUUCUAUCAAAGAGUGCCAACAACAAAUUAAGGAUGGUAUUUCUAGCUUGAGGAUUGAAUUUUUGAGUGAAUUUGCUAAAUUAGCAGAAAUUAUCAAUGGAUUGAAGAAGAAGGAGAAUGAUGGAAGUUAUAAGGACUCUGAAUUUUUUUCAUCCCCUAUAAGAGAGGCAUACUAUCAGGAUAUAUCGGAUGAUGGUGGUGGGUUACAGUUGUCCGUUCAUACUGUUCAAGCUGAGGAGGAAAAGGACACUUUGAAUUUUGAAAAUAUGUUUAUCGAUCCUGAUUUUCUUAAGGGUGUGGUUGAUAGCACUGUUAAGAGUGCUUUGAAGACAGAUGAUGUUUCGUUUCAUGAUGAUAGUGAUAAGUUGAGUUUGGUUUUGUACGAUGAAUCGUAUUUGUCUCCGGAGAUUCAAAAGAGGCAGCCUAAACCAAGCUCUGUUGUUCUGUCGCCAUAUGUUGUGGAUUUUGGGUCUUCGUCAUCUUCAAAGGAAGACUUAAUGAGGAUUGUGCAAGAUGAUAAAUUUAUUGUGCAUGGAAUCAAUCCUUUUAAAGAUGAAAUUGGUUUUAAUACUGGUGCUGAGCAGUGCAUUAAGUUUUCCAAGUUUAUUGAUGAGAACAUAGUCAUGAAUAGGGGUGUGAAGAAGUACUCCGAUGCGAACAACAUCUUAUGUCCACCGAUAGAUUUUUCUUUCAUUGAAAUUUCCGAGAAGAUGUGGUUCUACGAGCUUCAUGCUUGUGGUGAAUUUCUGCGUGACAGUCAUUUAGAUGUGGUAUUCUAUUACCUUAGGAAGAAGAUUAAGCAAGAUGAUACUUUGAACCAGAGGAUUACCACUACCGAUUGUUUGUUUGAUCAAGUCAUGUGGAAUUCCUACAAUCAGUUCUUGAAAUCGGGUUCUAAUCCUUCUAAGAUUGACUUUGAUAAUGUCAUUCCUAGAUACAUUGUUGGUGAGUAUUUGUUUUGCAAUACUCCUUGGGUGCUUACUGACCAUGUUCUUAUAUAUGUCAAUAUUCAAAAGCAAAAAUAUUAGAUAUUGGUCCAUUUUGGCAUCAAGGAGAGGAUGUUGAACGUAUAUAACUCCAUGUCUAGUGCUCUCAACAAGAAACGCGCCUUGGAUCAUGUGAAAGCUUAUUCUACUAUGCUGCCAUUUUACUUGGAGUAUCUUGAUGUUUAUUCUUCUAGGCCGGAUCUUAAUUUGGAUCAAGGUCCAUAUUCUGUUGGAAAAAGAGAACCUUUGAAUUUCAAGUUCAUAGAUGGGCUUCCAAGUCAGGUCAAUAGGUAAUUCUUCUUAUUUUCAUCAUAUAUUUUUUUUAAUUGAAACUAGUUUUAUGUUUUGUUCUGUUUAUAUUUUUUGUCAGGUUUUGUUUUGUUUGCACAGAAAUCGAUUUUUUUACUUGAAUUAAUUUUUUUUAUUGCAGUGAUUGUGAAGUGUUUGUCAUCAAAUUUGCUGAAUUUUUCAUUCGUGAAAAAAUUGAUGACAUUCCAGCUAAGAUGUCUGAUUUGGUAGCGGUAUAUAGAGAUGAUCUUGCUGUGAGUUUGUUUAUUCAUGCUAGGAGGAAACAAAUUAGUGGUUAUAUAACUGAUGAUGAAGUGUUGAAAAAGGAGAAGAAAUCAAAGGAUAAUGCAAGUGUUAAGGCAAAGGUCAAAGGGAAGGAUAUUCCAAAGGGAAAGGGCAAAGCGAAAUGAUUUCAAACAAUGUUCUAUAGUUUUUAGUUUUCAGACAAACUGGUUUCAUUUGGUUUUUUUUUUUUUUUUUUUGUAUUUGGUAUUUUAAGCAAUGUUCUAUAGUUUUUUACUGUUGUUUUUUUUAAAGACUUGUUACUUAGUUAAAGUGGUUGUAUUUUUUUUUUGUUUGUAAAGACUGGAUGUUUCAAUGAAUCAGCAACACUUUGUAUUAUAAGUUUUUAGUUGAUGGCCAAAUUUUUCUUUCUUUUUUUUUUGUAACUGGUUUCUUUUUUACUAUUAAUUUCGUUUUUUUUAUUUGAAUGUACUGUUAACUGAUUUUUGUUUUUGUUUUGUUUUGUUUUUCUUUUUUGUAGGUGAUACCAAUGGCAGUAUGUGUUUUUAUUUAUUUGGUCUCCCAGCUGGUUUUCUUGAUUUUGGUGGCCACACUAUUCUUUCCAUGCUCUCAGCUAUUGCAUGUGAGCAUGGGAUCUCAUCUAGUUGGAACCUUCUGCAGCUGCAUGUUCUUUCCAGUAUGUUGAUUGUGAAAUCACCUUUUUCUUGCACCUUUACUUGGUAUUGGAUUGUUGUGAUUGCGAUGACCUAUUUUUUUUUUUUUUUUGAAAUAUAAGAUAUGUGUUAGAAACUGGUUUUUCAUGAUGAUCAAGAAACAGGUUUUUUAAUAACUGUUGUCUUCUAUGAUUUAGUUAUUGUACCUGGUAUUUCAUUGCUUUAAGCAGAUUGUCUCUCAGUAGUUUUUCAGCAUCUGAUGCUACUUCAGUAAAUAUUCCAUGUGCUUCAUUGCCAUUUUUUCACACCCAUUUUUGUACAAGGCUUUUGAAGCACUCAAUCAUUGUUGUUAUAGGUAAUGAUCUUGCAGCUAGGAUCGCCGAAUUUAUUGAUUCUGCUAUGUUUGAAGUCAUCAUUGUGUACCUUCUUGUAGGGCAAUGGCUCCUGGUCCAAACCUCAUGUCCAAUUUUCUCAAGGUGGAAGAUGCAUGCUCCGUGGAAGUGGUUUGGGUAGACAUUGCUCACCGCCUUCUCUAUACUCUUAUGCCUGUCUGAUAUUAUUGUCAAACCUGUUCACAGAAACCAAUUUUUAGAAGAUCAGUGGGUAUGUUUUGGAAGCCUAAUCAUUUUUUUGUGGAAACCAGUUUCUAAAUUUUGUUAUCUUUUUGUCUGAGAUCAGUAGCUAUGAAGUUAAAUUUUUAGCUGGAAUUUACAUUAAAGGGAACCAAUUUUUUCGAUAGCGUACCUUCUCUAUCUCCGAAUGUUUCCCUUAGUUUUGUGAAGAACCAUUCCCAAGAGCAGUCAUUUUCUGAGUCUCCUAUGCCAAAUGCUAGAAUGAAUAUGUUGUUGUUUGCAUCCAUUGUAGAGGCUGUGAAUAGGGUUCCUCUAAAUGAUGUUUUUAAAAAUGUUCCGUCGGUUACAAUGACUGGCCUGCAAUGUUUCUAACCUUCUAUGGAGUUUGCAAAAGCUAGAUACAAAUAUUUGAAACGAUCCUUCUUAUCGGUUUUCAAUUGUGCAAUUGUUCCAGGAGUUACUACUUUUAGCAUGUGCAGGUAUUUUGGUAGUUGUUGAUAAGAUUCAUCUUGCCUUCCUCUUGCCAACUCCAAAGCUUUCUCUCUUGCUCUCCAUGCUUUUUGGUAGCUCAUUGACACUCCAAAAUCAUCAAUCAUGUCUAUCAUAAUGUCAUUUGGUCUGCGAUUUCUUUUGAUUGACAUAAAUUUCUUUUUUAUCAUUUCUGCAAUCAUGUUGCAGUUUGCCUGCUUGUGGUCGCCCAUUACAAUAUCCAGUGAGCAGUUGUGAUCUUGAACAUGUUUUCUUACUUUGAAUGUUGAGGUACUCUUGAACUUUGAAGCUCUCAGAAACCAGUUACAGUUGUCAUCCACACAAGUCACCACAUACUCUCUUGGUUCAGAUCUUUUGGUUUUAAACUGGAAAUUGUUGAUCAUAGCAAAAAAAACCCACUGCAGUCUUCAAUACUUUUCUGUCCUUGUAGAUCUGUCCUUUUUCAAUGUUGAAAAUCUUAUGAUCUGUUAUUAUUUGUCUUUCUUCUUCUUGUCUUUUCCUUUUGUGUUCUUGUAUUUUCUCAAUGAUACAAUCAGCAACACUAUCAGCUACUUGAAAUAUGUUUGGUAAUGCAAGUACCUCGCUUAUUUCUGAGGUUUCAUCAUCGUAUUCCAUAUAGUCGUAUGUUGGCUGGUUGGUUAUUUGUAAAACCAGUUUCUGAACAUCUGUAUCUUGUCUUACAAAUUCACUUUCUGGUUUUUGUUGAGCAAUGAUCUGGAGUCUUGUCUCGUCUACUGUUGUGAUGCAGAGUGGAGACUCACUAACUGCAUUUUGUGUCUUUCUCAGUUGUUGAUCGGUGCUCUGAGCUUAAGAAUUCGUUUUCUGCUUUAAGGGAGAAGAGAGGAAUUGAAUCAGAGAAGAUGGAGAAGUGAAUCGUAGGCCAGUCGAAUCGCAGUAGAGAGAGAGAGAAUCGCAGGAGAGAGAGAGAGAGAGAGAGAGAGAGAGAGAGAGAGAGAGAGAGAGAGAGUGUGUGUACAGAGAGAGGAUUUUGUUUAUAUAUGGU